GUAUAAUGAACAUAGUAUAUCUGUAUUUAUAUGUAGCAGCAAGAACCAAAUUAGAGGGAAGACUGGACAAACUAGCGGAGUUGAAGGCCACCGGAAGUUCCCUCAUCGGAGAGAAGACGCGCAAGAUGUCGCUGGUAGACUACGCUUCCUCUUCGGACGAGGAAGCUCCCGAUUUCGUUGAAGAGCCCCAACAUCCUCAAGACAAUCCAGCGGCACAAGCAUCGGCAUCGGAACCUUCACCUCCUGCGACGCAGACCAAAUCAGGAUCUUCAUCAGACCAGGAGCCGGAAAAAAAACUAGAUUUGCCACCUCCUUCUUUGGAGAAACUUCCUGAUGCUUCACUUCUAUUAAAUUCACCAGCGGUAUCUUCCAAUCUGAUGAAUACUAGCGACCACUCCUCUCGAGUAGCGGCUGCUCAGGCUGAAAAUGCCUUUCGUAAGAGAGACUCAAAUGGGUUGGCUCCCUCUACACUUCGCAGUAAAGUUCCUAGAGGUGACUUGCCUCCUUCAAGGACUGUUCCAGAUACUUCCAGUGGGAUGCUAGUUCCACCUCAGGUCAAAGGAAGGAGUAACGUUGUUACAGAAGACAUGGCCAAGCUAUUUGUCAAUAAGCCCAAGCCUUCAUCAGCUCACUAGAGAUCACAUAAUGAUGAGCGACUAACUUGCAGCCUCGCAUGUUCCAAGCACUGUAACUGUGGAAGGCCUUGUUAAAUUUGUACUUCUUACUCUAGUAUGGACAGCUGCAUAGUUUAUUUACAACCCUAGGCUCUUCUAAACUUUUAUAGGGGAAGAUACUGAUCCAAAAUGUGUGAAACUUGUAGGAGGAACAUGAGUAGUUUCUGUGAGACGGAUAUAAGUUUUGCGCAGGUCUCUUAUUUGAAGAGAAUUUAAAUUUUAAGCUGAUUGUUGUUGAUAUAAUGGGAUAAACUCCCUGAGAAA